AAGUCCAAACUGAAGAGGAUCAGAGAAGAAAAACACUCGUCACUCGUCUGAACGGCGGAGGAAGGACAGGAGCAGAGAGGAGGAGGUGGAAAAAGAGGAGGAGGAGGAGGAGGAGGAGGCACUGAACCACCCACAGAGAGAAAGUUUCCUCAAACAGACUCACAGUUUGUGUCUGCAGCAGCUGACGACGGAAAAUUAGAAAGAAGAGAAGGGAAGAGACGACACAGUGAAACCACAGAAGAAGACGUUCAGAUGCAGAGCUGAGGGUCCUGCAGCAGGACAUUCAGAAGCUGAAAAACACUUUGAGCAAGCAGAAGUCAGCUGAGGGACUCAUGGGGACUCAGACCUGAACGCCUUCGUCCUCUGGGUCCUCCACAGCCACCCAGCAUGCUGACCAGGGACUCCCACAGGAGGAGGCCUCCAGGUGGGACAGGAAGCCUGCUGCUGCUCCCGCUGCUCCUGGGACUGACGGCGACGGCCAUGAUGACGAUGGUGGUGGAGGCGGCGAGCGCUGAAGACAUGGACAGUGAGGAGAGUCAGGAGAUCCUGGAGGAGGACCAGACUGUCAGCACUGAGAUUCUGGAGCCGCUGUCCUCUGAUCUGUCCAGAGUGUCUCCUCUCAGCUCCUGGUUGAUUUUCAGAAGAAACUCCAACAAAGGGGACAAUCGGAGAACCAAAGGGUCCAAGAGAGCUUCCAAGCAUGGUCUUCCGGGCCCUCCCGGACCUCCCGGACCUCAGGGGCCACCGGGCCCCCCGGCCCCCAUCCCGCCCCAACAACAGGAGCUGAUCCAGGAUCUGCAGCACAAACUGCAAGACAUGGCGGCAGGAGUGUGUUUUCUGUGUGAUCGUCCUCCUCGUGUCUCCACCUCCUUCCUCCGUCACCUGCUGUGGUCGGUCGCUGUCCCGCGACGCAGCCUGCUGGAGCUGCAGCCGUUCAGCCAGCCCUCAGACUCAGAGCGAAGCCUCCAGAGAGGUCAGAGCUUCAACAGCAGCACCGGCCGAUACUCAGCACCCGUCUCUGGCUUCUACCAGCUGACCGCCAGCCUUCUGAUAGAGUCAGGUGACAGAGUCCAGGUCCGGAUCAGAGACAGUGUGAAAGCAGCGAUCUGCAUCGAGUCGCUCUGCCAGAGCAACCUCUCCAUCGAGUCUGUGGUGGGUGUGGCAGCUGCUGGAGGAACGUUCAGCAUCUUACUGACAGGAACACUUUAUCUACAGGCUGGAGAGUAUGUGUCAGUGUUUCUGGACAACGCCACCGGCUCUGCCAUCAGCGUGCAGCGCGACUCGCUGUUCUCCGGCAUCCUGCUGGGAGUCUGAACACCCGAACGCCACACAGACAGACAGUUUUGUCCCUCCACAGUGACAGGCAGGUUUGACUCCUCCCUGCCAUCACACCUGGACCUCCUCACCCUCACGUGAUCUUUGAAACUCUCUGCAAACAUGUGAAACACAUACUGACUCACAGACCUGAGACCUGAGGUGGUACAACACCACCCUGGACUGGACCUGACCCUGCUCUGGUCCUGGGCUGAUCUGAUGUCUGCGAGGUGCCGCAGAGACGCUGAGCAGACGAGCUCUGAGGUCCCACAUGUUGAAGGAUGUUUACACACUUUUUCCAGGACUGAGAGAAGCCAAAGUGUUGAGUGCCAGCUUGAAUUCAGUAUGAAACCCUCAUUUGUUUUCCACAGAGAACCCGCAUGAGGAUCCUUAGUCUGUACCUCAGUCAGUCCAGACCCUCAGGACAAGACUCAGUUCGAUCAACAUGCACCACAUCCAAAGACGCGUUGCCGUCAGCCUUCUCUUCAGGAUGAUGGAACCACAUGACGUUUCACUUGUGGUGCUCAGAGAUAAGUAGGAAACGAAGUCUCUUUGCAGAAGUCAUGAGCAGCUUGACGGAGGAACUAUUUUCUUUACGCAGCUUCAUGCAGAAGGAAACGUGCACCGACUGAUGGACGAGAGGCCGACUCGGCUGAGCUAGCUAAGCUUGCUGACGUUACAGCUCAGCCGAGGAGGACGUCGUUAACAUCCCGCCCCGUCAGGAGCCUGUCGCCCACGAGCAGGUGCAGUAAUACGUAAAGAAAAUAGUUCCCAUGUGAACCUGCUCUGUGGAUUAUCAGGGGAGUGACAGCGCUACAGAUAAGAAGAAAAGUAUCUCAUUUUAAUAUGGUCAGUAGUUCUCUGAAUGACCCCUGAGACUGCGGUGAGAUUUGGGGUUUUGUCUUCACUUCACUUCAGUGCAGUCACUUGGAGCACCACCUAGUGGACACAGGUUGAACUGCAGUCGGGGCUGUUGCUGUUUGUCUUAGCUGAGCUUUACAAGGCUGCUGCUGAUGUUUAUGUAUCUUACGUUUGAUUAAGUCUUUAUAUUGAAGCAGUUUCGUGCUAAAGCGUUGCCAUCAUUCUGUUUUUUUUACUAUAGCCAAAGGGUUUUAGCUGCAAAUAGACUUUGUUAUGGAAGUUAUUGUUAAUUAUCAGCUGAACAUAAGGGGUGUCCAUCUCCAAAGGUGACUGAUGAACCUGCUCUUCACCAUGCUUGUCUGUAUGUGUGGAUUUAUUGAUUGUGUCUUCAUUUUACCUUAAUAUUAAUAUUUAUUUUCUGGAUAUGACAAACAGGUCGUGAAUAAUUCUAAUAAUAAAACCUGUCUGUUCA